UGCGCCAGAACGGCUGCCUCGCUCCCGGAAGUGGAGAGUCUGCAGAGCGCCGCUGGGUCUGGGUGCCCGGAGGCAGGAGCGCUCCCGGAGGUCGCCCGCCGGUCUCGUCCGCCAUGUCAGCCUUCGACACUAACCCCUUCGCGGACCCAGUGGAUGUAAACCCCUUCCAGGACCCCUCUGUGACCCAGCUGACCAGUGCCCCGCAGGGUGGCCUGUCUGAAUUCAACCCCUUCUCAGAGACAAAUGCAGCGACAACGGUUCCUGUCACACAGCUCCCUGGGCCCUCACAGCCGGCGGUUCUCCAGCCCUCAGUGGAACCAACGCAGCCAACCCCGCAGCCCCUGCUUAGACAGGCCAGCAAGUUCCUGCCUACUCGAUUCCUGGCAGUGAGCGAGUUCUCAGAGAGGCAGAUGCUACUAGGAGGAGAUAGUAUUCUCAGAGACAGCUACAUGCGAAAGCUUCCACAGGCCGUGGCAUCUGCAGCCCAGGCAGGCCUGCUUCGGCAGCAGGAAGAACUGGACAGGAAAGCUGCCGAGCUUGAACGCAAGGAACGGGAGCUGCAGAACACUGUGGCCAACUUGCAUGUGAGAGAGAACAACUGGCCGCCGCUGCCCUCAUGGUGCCCUGUCAAGCCCUGCUUCUACCAGGAUUUCUCCACAGAGAUCCCUGCCGACUACCAGCGGAUAUGCAAGAUGCUCUACUAUCUCUGGAUGUUGCAUUCCGUAACUCUGUUUCUGAACCUGCUUGCCUGCAUGGCCUGGUUCUCAGGCAACAGCUCUAGGGGAGUGGACUUCGGCCUCUCGAUCCUAUGGUUUGUGCUCUUCACCCCCUGUGCCUUCCUUUGUUGGUACCGACCCAUCUAUAAGGCCUUUAGGUCCGACAACUCUUUCAGCUUCUUCGUGUUCUUCUUUGUAUUUUUUUGUCAAAUAGGGAUCUACGUCAUACAGUUGGUUGGCAUCCCUGGCCUGGGGGACAGUGGUUGGAUUGCAGCCCUGUCCGCAGUGAAGGAAGAUUCCUUGGCCGUGUCAAUCAUCAUGAUGGUGGUGGCCGGCUUCUUUACCCUCUGUGCCGUGCUCUCACUCUUCCUCCUGAAGCGGGUGCACUCUCUGUACCGCCGGACGGGGGCCAGCUUCCAGCAGGCCCAGGAGGAGUUUUCCCAGGGCAUCUUCAGCAACAGAACCUUCCGCAGCGUGGCCUCAUCUGCGGCCCGAGGAGCCUUCCAGGGGAAUUAGUCCUCCUCUCUCUUGCCUCUACCUUCGCCUACUCUCACCUGCCUUCUGAGCUGCACUUUCCAUGGGUGCCUUAUGCAGUGGUUUUGCCCAGCACAGACCUGGUGAAGGUCUCGCUGUGGCUCUUCCUCCUUCCUCAGCAACCAGCUCUCCCUGGAAGGGAAGGGAGGGACAGGGACUUUUUUUACACAGGAGAAAAAAAAGAAAAAAACCAAAACUGUCUUUCCUUCUCUAGUGGUGGUUUGGUAGGAUUCUUUUGUCUCUCCAGAAGCAAUGGGACUGAAGUUCUCUUCCCCUGUACACACACAGACACCCCUACACACUUGGGAUCGCUGGCUGACCUGGGGUCACCCCAGCUGGAGUUUUCUGCCAGGGUCUUGAGACUCCACUCCUUCCCCAGCAGGCCUGGCCUGAAUCUGGUUCCGCAGCCCUGCCCUUCCUGCCCAGGCUGGGAUAACCCUCCCACGCACUCCACUUUAGGCGAGCUGCAGUCUGGGUGGGUGGACAGCUCUGUUCUCCGGAUCUCUCUGGGGUCUCCAGGCUUCCAGAACCCAGGCUCCCCCUGCCUCGUGUUCCUCAUUGACAGAUUCACAGCCCUUUAGGCCCCUGUACCCUCCUGGCAUGGGCUGCACCUCGUGCCCUCCAGGCCCCUCCCUGAGCCCCGCUCUCUUCAGACUUUCUGAAUGUGCAAUGUGGUUGGUUGGGGUUUGGGGAUGGGGAGGUAUAGGAGGACCCUGACCCUAAGUUGUCGUGCCCAGCUGUUGGCAGUUGUCCAGGAGAGUGGGGUCUGACCUGGCGCAGUUUGUUUUGACUUCCUCUCUUCCUGAGGGUCCGCUGCCCUCUGCCUUGGCCUUAAUUUGCUCCCCCCCAACCCCCAGCAGUAUCCGGCUUGUGUGACUAAGGAGGGCAGCAGGAGUCAGCCCAGAGCUGCAUCCUUGAUGCAGGACUGUGGGACUGAUGGGCCACCUUGCGGAGGGUUCCCCCAUGCCCUGAGUCUAGCUCACCUUCCCCUCACCCUGGGGAUUCCCCAGGAGGUGUGUCACUGUGACAUGCACCUAGGAAUCCACCGGCAGAACCUGCACUUUGUUCUCCAGAGGCUGCAGGAGUUCGCACAAAGCUGGCCACCCCCUGUCUCUGGGACCUGGGCCCCCCCUGAGGCAGCCCUCAGCUCGUCUGCCAGCUGGGGCAGGCCCAGACCCCUGGAUAAGGGCAGCGACCAGGAUUUUGUAAACUCCUUUCUGGUAUUUUUUCUCCAUGUACAAAUGUAUAUGUCAUGUCUCAAUUUUUGUGCUUAAAUAAAAAAUAAUACAUUUUCAGACA